CCUUCCCAUCGUUACUCUUCACUUCUUUUUCUUUCUCCCCUCCUCCUCCAUUCUUUCCUCCUCUCUUCCAUACCCCUCCCUUCCACGCAACAUAUAUCGAUCCAAUUCCAUUACGAGAUAUUACCCGCGUGUGUCUCCCACUCCCCCUGCAGUAUACCCCUAUGUCCAAAACUUCUAUUUCUUUUAUUGCUCUUCCUCUCGAAGUUCCAUUUCAGAACAAGUCUAUUUAUAGUCCAUUUUCUUUUCUUUUUCUUUUCUUUUUUUUUUUCUUGUCCUUCUUUUCUUGUCCUUCUUUUCUUUCUUUCUUUCUUUCUUUCUUUCUUUCUUUCUUUCUUUCUUUCUUUCUUUCUUUCUUUCUUUCUAUUCUUAUUUUUUUUUCGUCUCCUUUCGUGUUUGGUUCUUCCCUUGGCAUUUUGUUUCACUUUAUCGUGCUUUUCUGUAUAAAUUUACCUUGGUCCCUUGGUCCGUCAGCACUUUAAUCCUUGGUUUUUUUUUUUUGUUUUUCUUCGGUUGUUUUUGGGUGUUUUUCUUUUUGGGUGGGUGAGGGAGGGAGGGAAUGGCAGUCCAUCCAUCUUUCUCUCUUUCUCCUUUUUCGUCUUCCUCUCUUCACCAUCGGGGUCUUGAUCUCUU